AUGGAUAAUGUAAGAUGUUUGAUUUGCUCAGAAAGAUUAAAAAGUCAGGAUUCACUUCUUCUACAUGUUAAAUCAGCACAUUUGAAUGCUCCUAAUAAUACUAAUAAGAAAGCAAGAAGAAAACCAAAAAGGCGUAAUGGUAAUGACAACAGCGAUGAUAGAGAUGAUAAUGGUAAUGGCAUUGAUGAAAUUAAAAAAGGAGACAAAGAUAGAAAUCUUAUAAUUAUUGAGGAUGAUGAUGACACGGGUACGAUUAAUGACAAAAUUCAAGAUAUAAAAGAAAUCAGCAUUAAUAAUAAUAAUAGUAAUAUUCAAAUCCAAAUCCAAAUCCAAAAUAAAAAACAAGAAAAUGACAUCAGUGACAAUAGUAAUAGCAAUAUUCAUAAUCAAAAUAUAAAAAACAUCAUUACUACAUCAACUAAAGGUUUAAAAGGCAAAGAAACUAUUAAUCAAUCUAAUAAUAUCAUUGAAAUAUAUCCGCAAUUUCCUUGUGAAAUGUGCAAUGCGUCUUUUUCUUCACUAUUAGAAUUAAGCAAUCAUAUAGAUUCCAAUCAUCCAGAAGCUUAUCACCCAAUUCUAAUCACUUGUCCUGGAUGUAAAGAAGUCAAUCAUAAUAGAUAUUCGUUUAGUAGACAUAAAAGGCUUGUUCAUAAUAUCAAAGGUAUUCAGGAGGAUGAAAUAAGACAUGUUCCACUAACACUCAAGCAAAAGAAAGGCAAAAAAAAAAAAUCAAAAAUCAAAAAUCAAGGUCCAUUAAAUAAAGUACAACAUAGUAAUCAAACAAUCAAUCAGACACAGAAUCCACAUGUAAUUCCAAAUAUUAAUUCACCAGGACUCAAUAAUAACAAUAAUACUUGCACCAAUAGUGGUAGUCUUCCUCACAAUAAUCAUAUCAAUAAUUUUAACCCCAUCAAUAAUUUUAGUCCUUUUUUUAACCCUAUCAAUUUUAACGGUAUUGGCGAAUCAGUUACCAUGCAAUUUACUUCAACAACAGGACAAGUUGUUUCAAGAUCCUUUAUUAGAUGUAAGAUUUGCAAUAUGAAUUGCGAAUCCGAUCUAGCCUUUUCACUUCAUAAAAGACAAGCACACUGA